AUGUCAUCUUUUUGUGUAUCUAUUCCAGGAAUAGGUGGACAGAAGGUAGAGAUGGAUGAUGGGAAGUCUGGGUAUGUUGGCUCAAAGGUGGAUCUUCGCUGUCGGUUCAUCAACAGCAAACCACCUGUCAAGAUCUCCCAGGUAACGUGGCAGAAACUGGUGAACGGCACCAAGCAGAACGUUGCAAUUGCCAACCCGUCCCUCGGUGUGUCCGUGGCCCCCCCGUACAGGGACAGAGUCAUCUUCAAGAAUGCAGCAGUCAGACGACGAACUCCGAAUCUGGAAGACACGACCAUCAUCUUCUCGUCGCUGCGCCUGUCUGACGAAGCCACGUACAUCUGUGAAUACACUACGUUCCCUGCGGGGAACCGAGAGAACAUGGUGAACCUCAGUGUCUAUGUGCGUCCGACAACUCAGAUGAGUCUGUCCACACCAACGCUGGUGGCUCGUUCUUCCAACCUCAAGACUCCAGUAGCGACCUGUGUCUCUGCCAAUGGAAAACCACCUGGAACCAUCAGGUGGGAGACGAGGGUCCCCGGAGAGGUGACCACCCGAGAAUACGCAAACCCAGACGGGACCGUCACCGUCCAGAGCGACUAUGUCUUGGUGCCAAGCAAAGAAACCCACCGGGAGACACUCACCUGUGUCACUAUGUACAACGAGGAGGUGUACACGGACAGCGUCACCCUCGACAUACAGUAUGAGCCGGAGGUGACGAUCGAAGGAUUUGAUGGAAACUGGUACCUGAGCAGAGAGAAUGUCCAGCUGAGCUGCCAGGCUGAUGCCAACCCGCCCGUCUCUUUGUAUCAGUGGAGAAUGAUCAACGGCUCCAUUCUGAGCAGCGUCGAAGUCCGAGACAACGUCCUGCUCUUCAAAGGUCCAGUCAGCUACGAGCUGCAGGGAACGUACGUGUGCGACGCCACCAACAGCAUCGGGACAAGAUCAGCCUCAGUGGAGGUCAGCGUUAUAGAAAAGCCUCUGCCACAGAUAGCGACAGGUGAUGUCAUCAGCGUCAUCGCCUUAUUAUUGGCUGCCGGAGUGCUGAUGGGCAUCACAAUCACAGUCCUGGUGCUGAAGAUAAGAAGCAGAAAAGACGACUCCUUAAGUGGUUCUCCGUCUAGAAAACUGCCGAUCAGGAAAAGGACAGAUGAGAUUCAGCACCCAGGGCGGUUUUAUGAGGAACUUCCAAACACAGCUGACUACGUGAGCUACAGACUGGCCUGCAACAAGGAGGAUUAUCCAGAACCCUACUCCCCCCCAAUCAACCCCCCCUUGUCCUUCCUGCCCCAGCAGCCCUACCAAACCCCACAGACACAAACGAUGCCAACGUUAAGCUCCAGCUCCACCAGCACCCCAUCCAAAAACAACUUCCUUCCUCCGUCGCACAGCACAACCGUUUUUAAAUACCCAUCUGUGCCGGGUCUGUCCUCUCCCCCCCCAGGAGUGGGGUCGUACACGUUUCCUAAAGAGCAGUAUGUUUGAAGGACGUCUCUUCAGGCUUCUCCUCUGAGGAACAACAGAAACUGCAGGUCAAACCUAAACGAGGAGGAGGAGCUGGAGUUUGUGGCUCUACCCCUGAUGAAUCAGAGGUCAAAGGUCACUGGUUGUUCUGUUGCUGGACUUUUAAAGUGAUUUGUGUGAGGUUUUUUGUUCUCCUACCUGCAAGUGGAUUUUAAUCUGAUAUUUAGGUUUCAGGAUAGAGGAGAUUCAUUUAAAUAAAGUAUAUCAUAGAUGGAAUUAAAUAUAUUUAAUUUGAUCCAA